AUGAAGCGAAUGAAGAAGGCUCCGGGAGGGUUAAAGCAGAUGCAGUACCACUGUGUGAAGGCCGCUGAAGCAAUCUACAAGGUGCACAGCGAGGGAGUACCGGAAUCACACGUCGACAGGACGAAGUACGCGAAGUCAACCUCUGGAUACUACUCGAACAUGGAGUUGACAUGUGGCGCGCGAUUUCUGCAAGUGGAGGCCGUCGUGAGAGGUAAUAAGUCUAUUGCCAAGCGGCUUGCUCAGGGCGACUACCUUCAUGUCUCGCGGAACCCAGAGGACUGUCUACAGCGAGAAAUGGCCAACAUCUACGUCAACGAUGGACGCGAGAUUAAUAAGAAGGAGGAGCGCGAGGCGGAGGAGCUGGCUCGAGCAGCAGGCACAGCUGCUGAAGCAAUCGGCAACGGCAAUGAAGAUGCUGACGAGCCACCUAAGAAGACUCGCACCAAGUCAAAGAAGCGGGCUGCUGAAGAAGCAGAUGAGCCAAAGCCGAAGCGACGUAAGAGUAGUAGGAUUGCAGCGGAAGGCGACGUCAAUGUCGAUCAAGAAGUGUCCUCAACGAUGGGCGUGCAGGCCUCAGCCGAUGUUCUGAGGAAAGGGGCGUCAAAUCCGGCUGCAUCCUCUUCUUACCCAGUGCCAAACUCUACGGCACCACAAUGCACGAUGAUUGCAAAUCCCCAGCAAGGCACCAAGAGAGAGGAGAUCGCCACUACUGAUGGUGAAGCUGAAGCUGGCGUGACGAUGGCGGAUCGUGUACAGCGGGAGCGUGCUGCCGCGCACGGUCGACUCAUGCGUGCGCAGAGAACGAUACAAACAGACACUCGAGCCACAAACGUUGACGGAGUUUACGGUGACAACACUAUGUCCGCAACAUACUCGAGCCCGGCGUACCGCAACCACAUGCCCAACGACACCGGCAGCAAUGUCUGCUCCGCUGUUCCAAGCUCUUCGACGCAGUCAGGUCCUCGGAAAGGCUCAACGAUGGGGCACAGAUACACGAGCCAGCUGUCAAACUAUGCCGCUGGUUAUGGAGGCCUGUCUCCAGGUGCAUCCUUUCGCUCAGGUCCGAAUCAUCCAGCCUUUCCAGGUGGAUCAACUGGACAACCAACGAUUCGGCCACCAUUGCCAGGACUGUCGCGUGAGCCAUCACAACAGCCCAACUCGCCCUUGAACUACUUUCAGGCAUCGCAUGUGAAUGGUCCAAAUCCGGGCACACAGUAUCCUACCGCAGACCUGACUGAUAGGCCCACCCUUACACAUGAAGAGCAAUGGAGUAUCCCUGACCAGAAUCAGAGGCCCAACAGCCGAGCUUUCCACGACGAUGAGGAGGAGUUGUAA